CAACCGCCAUCCGUGAAGCCUUGCGCCGUUUUUGUCAGCCCAACUUCACAAAAUCGUCCAAUUAACCUCUUUCUCUCAAAGCCAACAGCCACCAUGUCCGAACCGCUCACAAAGGUCGACUCCGCCGUCCAAGGUCUCGAGACCAAGGAAACCAAGCAACGUCGGGCGAGCUCGAGCGCCACGGGGGUCAUGAACAUCAAUGACCUGGAGGCCCAGGGGAUUGAGCUACAAAUCGCCAAGGAGACACAAGGGACUGGCUGGAAGAUCAACACGUCGCCAUCGACAAUAGAGGACAAGGAGAUCCUCAAGAAGAUGCUCACGACGCCACCCGUCAAGAAGAUUGACCUGCACUUCCCUCUCGGGCUCCAAGUAACGGCGCGGAACCUCAAGGGCGUCACCAUCAAGGACGCCUUGGAUGCGAUCCACAAACAGUUCAAGAAGAGGGCCGAUGACGAGCUCGACCUGCCGUACCUGGCAGGCUUCGAGUGGGACAAGGAGGAGUCGUGGACUCACCUGAUUGUGCACCUCCGGAAGGAUGCUGGGCUACCGCCGACCAGCAAAAAGAAGAAGAACAAGGCUGCUGAGGCUGCUGCCGAGGACUGAGUAGAGGGCUCGCCGUCGCUAGUGCAACUGCCGCUCUGUUCUGGGAACGAGCGCCGUGGCUUGUCAGACUAGAACCGAUCAAUGCAAUGCUUUCCCGAAUCCGCCUGCGCCAGUUGCAAGCGCUUGUCCUGCGUGAGAU